AUGGCUUCCGAUCAUCGAGAGGAGGCCGAGAAAGGUGACCUCCGUGAUAAUGGCACCAUGCGAAGUGAAUCAACGAUCUAUGCAUCCGAGGCAGAGAAGACAGAACGUGGAGGAGCCGUGGGAGAACCAGAUAUGGACCACGAAGUCGUGGAAGAGAUGGACAAGGGGCACAUGGCCGAUUUGGAGAGGGGACACACAUUAGAAUCAAUCAAGGCUGGUCCACGCAAGAAUGAACUAAAUGGUGCGGAAUUAGAACAAGUGAAGACUGGAGCCAGUUUGAAAAGUACGAAGAGCCGAAUUUCCAGAAUCGCAACCAGCCUUUCCUCGAAAAGCAAAAAAGCCAAACUAGCACCGAAGCUUUUGCCUCUAUCGGACCUGGACAAUGAUAUUGUUGGAUGGGAGUCGCAGACCGAUCCAGAAAUGCCACUGAAUUUCCCCGAGAAGAAGAAGUGGUUCAUUUUGUCGUUGCUCGCGAGUAUCACUUUCAUCUCGCCUCUGGCAUCGUCUAUGUUCGCUCCGGGAGUGUCCUUUAUGGACACCGAAUUCGGCAAUACGUCUCAAAUUCUCAGUGCUUUGACUGUGAGUAUAUUUGUGUUGGGAUAUGUCAUUGGCCCGCUGAUACUUGCUCCGCUCUCUGAGAUCUAUGGCCGACGAAUCGUUCUUACUGGCGCUAACGUCUUUUUUUGUGUCUGGCAAAUUGGCUGUGCUCUCGCUCCUAAUCUCAGUGCUCUGAUUGUCUUCCGGUUUCUCGCUGGGAUUGGAGGCUCUGGCUGCCUGACAAUUGGUGGUGGCGUCAUCGCCGAUUUGUUCCAACCGGACCGACGAGGACUAGCAACUUCAAUCUACUCGGUGGGCCCACUUUUUGGUCCCGUGAUCGGGCCGAUAUGCGGCGGCUUCAUCGCUCAACGGGCCGGUUGGAGAUGGGUUUUCUGGGUCCUCCUCGCUUCGGCAUCAGUCAUCACAAUUGGGAUUGAACUGCUCAAUUCGGAAACCAAUCCUCAAGUCCUCAUCAAUCGCAAGGUUCUCCGGUUACGCAAAGAGCUCAACCGCCCAGAGUUGAGAAGUGUUUACAGCCCUACAGGGCACAUUCACUCACCAGCUCAGAUCCUUCUUCAAGGCAUGGUGCGACCUCUAAAGAUGCUCUUUCUUUCGCCAAUCGUAUUCCUCCUCUCUCUCUAUAUGUCCGUCGUGUACGGACUCCUUUAUCUUCUCUUCACAACUAUCACUUCGGUGAUGAUCCAGACGUACGGUUGGCAACCUGAACUUUGCGGUCUCGCUUAUAUUGGGCUCGGCAUUGGGUUCAUGGCUGGUCUCGUCGUCGUCGGCAAGAUCUCUGACCCAACAGUUGUUCGCAUGACUAAAGCUAACAAUGGGGUAUUCGAGCCUGAAAUGCGACUUCCAGCGUGCAUUUUCUUCGCCUGUUUCGUGCCUGUAUCAUUUUUCUGGUAUGGUUGGGCAGCGGACAAGGCAGUACAUUGGAUUGUUCCCAUCAUUGGCCUAAUUCCCUUCGGUUUUGGCAUGAUGGGUAUCUUUAUUCCUAUUCAGACCUAUACGAUCGACUCAUUCCCAGAAUACGCCGCCUCUGCAGUUGCUGCUCUGACCGUUUCACGAUCCUUAUUCGGUGCUUUCCUGCCACUUGCUGGCCCUAGCAUGUAUGAGGCCCUUGGGCUAGGAUGGGGUAAUAGCACGUUGGGGUUCAUCGGAAUUGCACUUAUCCCUGCACCUAUGUUCAUUUAUAAAUAUGGUGGCAAGAUUCGCAAGCAGCAUCCUGUCAAGCUAUAG